AUGAAGCCCGUCACGGCCCUCUCGUUCACAGGCGGCGGCGGGGCAGGGGGGGCCGCCGCAGAGCUCUCCCCCUCCCCGCCACUCCCGAGCGACCGUGCCGGGGGACGGGCUUCGGCGGGCGCUCCGGAGGCUCGCCGGCUGCGUUGCCAGCAGCAGCAGCAGCAGCAGCCAGAGUCCCCUCCGGCCCCCUCCUCCCGCGAGGAGACGUGCCACUUCCUCAAUGCUAUCUUCCUCUUCCUCUUCAGGGAGCUCAGGGACACGGCCCUCGUCAGGAACUGGGUCACCAAGAAGAUCAAGGUGGAGUUUGAGGAGCUGCUCCAGGCCAAGAUGACGGGGAAGGUGCUGGAGGGGCUCAGCCUCAGGGACGUCUCUCUCGGCAACGUCCUGCCCGUCUUCAAAACCGUCAAGCUCAUUCGGCCGGUGGUCUGCAACGAAGAAGGCUGCCCCGAGGAGCUGGGCUUCGAGGUGGACCUGGAGUACAACGGUGGCUUCCACUUGGCCAUCGAUGCCGACCUGGUCUUUGGCAAGUCGGCCUACCUCUUUGUCAAGAUCUCCCGGGUGAUGGGGAAGCUGAAGCUGGUUUUCACGCGUCUGCCCUUCACUCACUGGUCCUUCUCUUUUAUGGAUGACCCUGUGAUACUCUUUGAAGUGAAGUCUCAGUUUGAAGGGAGGCCCAUGCCUCAGCUCACUUCCAUCAUUGUGAACCAGUUCAAGAAAGUUAUUAAGCGCAAGCACACCUUACCCAAUUAUAAAAUCAGGUUCAAGCCAUUUUUUCCAUUUCAAGUAUUGCCACCUGAUGAAUAUGAAGAUCGAGACCUCUGUAUACAGGAUUUUUUAUUGACAGAAGGUCGACUAAAAGUCACGUUAAUUGAAUGUACAAGGUUACUUAUGUUUGGAUCCUAUGAAAGAGAAACAAAUGUUCAUUGCACAAUGGAGCUGAGCAGUAAUGUUUGGGAAGAAAAAUCAAGAAGUUCUAUUAAAACGGCAGAACUGGUGAAAGGGAAUCUGCAAAGUGUUGGGCUCACGCUCCGCCUUGUGCAGUCCAAGGAAGAAGAUGCAGGGCAUGUUGUCAUUGAAACUGUGACUCCAAACUCACCUGCUGCAGCUGCUGAUCUACAGAGAGGAGACAGACUUCUAGCAAUUGGCAGUGUUAAAAUCACAUCAACUGUCCAAGUGUUGAAGCUUAUUAGACAGGCUGGGGACAGAGUUUUAGUCUUUUAUGAAAGGCCUGUUGGGUAUAAUCAGCAUGGUUCGGCGCUGCAGGAUGGAUUUGGACAACUGGAAGACACUGCUUUCUUGACACAGCCAGAAGAUGACCAAGCUAGUUUAUCAGCUGAUGUUGAUAACAGAGAUUUUGAUUCAGAAUUUGAGGACUUAGCUUGUGAAUCAUCUGACCAAAAAGAAGAUCUGCCAACAACUCCGAGUCCCAAACGUUCAGUAGUAAUACUUGCUGCUAAACCACUUGGAACUAUAUCACCGAUUCUGAAUCGAAAACUACAUUUAGGAAGUUAUCAGACAACAUCAAAAACGCAACAAAAAGAUGGAGCUAAAGUGGCAAUGCCCAAAACUGUGGAGGGUUCAGAUGCAUCACAGCUAUCAGGUAAACAAUCACAAGGAUCCAGUAUUAAGCCUCCUGUGCCACCUAGGCCACAAAGUAAGCCUAUUUUGCCUACUACUGAAACUCAAAAUCUGUUAGAAACUGGAGGUGUGUCUUCUGAAAAACCAGAAAGGCCACCUCCACCUACAAAUAAUGGAGAUAAAUGUACAGAGAAGGUAAUAAAGAAUAAUGAUCAAAUAGAAGACCCAGCGGUAUCAAAAGUAAUAACAGCACCAAAACAAGAUACAUUAAAAGAUGGACUUUCAGAAAAUGCACGUAGUUACAAAGAUAGUGGAGAUGAUCAUCAAACAUGGGAAUCGCCAGAAAUUCCUUAUAAAAUCCGUCAAGGCCGAUGGCCAAGGAUGAGAACAUCCUCCUGUCUAUUUGAAGUAGAAGGAUACCAUAAGUACCUUAAUGUUGCACUGUGGUGCAGAGACCCUUUCAAAGCAGGUGGGUUUAUCUGCUUAGGAUAUGCAAGCAUAAAACUUGAAGAAAUUGCUUUAGAUUGUAUAGCUACAUCCUCAAUGGAAUAUAUUAGAACAUUUAAACUGGAUGCUCCUACACCUAAAGCAGCAGUCACUAGAACAGCAUUGCGGAAUUUGACAACCCAUAAGGGAUUCAAUGAAAAAUUUUGUUAUGGCGAUGUGACUUUACAUUUCAAAUAUUUAAAAGAAGGUGAAAUAGAUGAUUCAAACUUUCUUCUGGAGAAGGAAAGGGAAUGCCACUUGGAAGAAGAAGCUCGUGCACUUCAGAAAGAGGAUCCUUACUUGGGACAAAUUGUUCUUACGGAGAACAAGCAUAACUUUCAAGAUACUCAGUUUCAGAAUCCAACUUGGUGUGAUUACUGCAAAAAGAAAGUAUGGACUAAAGCGGCUUCGCAGUGCAUGCUCUGUGCUUAUGUUUGCCAUAAAAAAUGUCAAGAAAAAUGUCUAGCUGAGACACCCUUUUGUGUAGGAGCUGAGAAGCGACUUGAUCGAACUGUGGGAGGUUGUAGAGCAGAAGGACAGGAAGCUCCCCAAGCUGCAUCCUCUCGCGUUGAUUCAGAAUCUAAAUCUGUUAACAGAACUACAGGUUUGACGAGGCAUAUCAUCAAUACAAGCACCCGUUUGUUAAACCUUCGUCAAGUCCCCAAAGCUCGCCUUUCUGAGCAAGGAACAGAGGUGGUAGAACCUUCACCAAAGCACACACCGAACACUUCUGAUAAUGAAAGUAGCGAUACUGAAAUCAGUGGGCCAAGCAGUCCUUCAAAACGUGCAGCAGGUACUGGGAUAAAGUUGGUCCGAAAGGAGGGUGGUCUAGACGACAGUGUCUUCAUUGCCGUUAAAGAAAUUGGACGUGAUCUCUAUAGAAGUUUACCCACAGAGGAGCGUUUUCAGAAAUUAGAAUUUAUGUUGGAUAAGCUGCAGAAUGAAAUAGACCAGGAGCUGGAAAAUAAUAAUUCACUCGUUAAAGAAGAAAAAGAGACAACUGAUGCAAGGAAAAAAGCCUUGAUUUCUGCUGCGCUGGCUAAGUCGGGUGAAAGACUGCAGGCCCUUACGCUGCUGAUGAUCCACUACAGAGCAGGCAUUGAGGAUAUAGAGUCUUUGGAGAACAUGUCAAUAGAGCGGCAGUCCAAAAGAGUGACUAAAGAUUCAGAGGAACCCAAUAUAGCAGAAGAAAUGGAUAAUGAAGAUGUCAGCCUGACAGAGGCUCCAACAUUCAACAUCAUAUCAGAAGAACCAGUUGAUCCACCUCAAUCAGUAGACUGAUAUUUACAUAUUUAGCCUUUGAAGGAAUGGACUAAAAGAAUACUUUGCACUUAAUUACAAACACACACCAAUUAAAUUAAAACACUGGUAUAAUGUACAUGUCCUGCUUCUCCACAGUUGUUUGCCUGUGUAAGAGUACAGCUGAUAAUGGUUCUCCAGCUACAGCACCAUCGUUUUGUUAAACUGGCUGGUUAAAACUACAUUUUGGGGUUUAUAUUGGAAAUUUAUUUUUAAUAACUUAUUUUUAUUUUUUCUAAUUAUGUAACCUUGCCAUUUCACAUUAAUGUGUGUGGUGUCCUUAAUGUAUUACUUGCCCUCCCCUGCCCCCCCUUCUUUUUUUUUUUUUUUUUGAGCUAGUGUUUUCAACAGGAAACUGGCAGGAUUUUCAAAAUGUUUAGUUUCCAUUGUAUGAUGAAAAAAUAAGCUUGUUGCAUGCCUAAGCUGAUGACUGACACAGAAGUCACUGAGGGACCAGGCUUUAAAACGUUGAUCACAGUUUUAUUGUACAUCUUCUAGGUAGUUGUGUACUUCUUUUGCCAAACAUAUCAUGAAAGCAAACAAAAGUCUUUCAUUUUGUCUGUUAUUAGUAUUUACUAAAGUUAAUAUUGCAUAUCACUUGUUUUCCAUAUUUUUAAGUACAGGAACUUUUCAUAGUUUGUAAUUAACAUGAAAUACAGUAAUGCUAAAAAAAGUCAUCCUUAGAACUUUGGGCUAUUGUAUCCUGAUUGAAUAAUACUAGAUAUCAAAGUACAUACCAGUAUCUUGUAAUAAUUUUAAUUGGGCAUAUUUUUGAG